UCCUACACAGAAUAAGUAUCUUAGACACUUGGAGUUUUUUUCCACUAUGAACAUGCACCUGCACUGGCUAACAGUUUUUCUUGUCUUAAUGGGGCAGGAGUCUGAUGCUGAAAACUGCUCUGCUACAGAAACAGCUGAAGCUAAAAAAAGACUUUUUGAUCGUCUCGCCCUGAACGAGAAUUCCUCUCAGAAUACUAGAAUGUGGCCCUUGACGUUCCAUGAUGACCCACUAGAUUUUCCAUACUUUGACCCUGCUGUCGUUAAUGUGGACAUGUAUGUGACCUCCAUCACAAAUGUGAAUGAAAAAGCCCAGAGCAUCACGAUACAGGUCAAAAUGAUAACUGCUUGGCCAAAUUCCAAUAUGACGUGGGAUCCUGACGAAUAUUGUGGAAUCAAAUCAUAUGCAGCCCCUAAAAAUUUGUUUUGGACACCAGACAUUUGUAUAAUGGAAAGUAUCAAGACAGAUUUUGGAACAAAGGAGUCUCCAUAUGUGGAGUUGCUCAGUUAUGGAUUUACAGUGUCAACUGAUGUUUUAGCUCUGACCACGGCCUGCAAGAUGGAUCUCUACAGGUUUCCCUUCGAAACCCAAAUCUGCAAAAUAACACUUCAGUCUACAGUGUAUUCAGUUCAGGAGAUUAUACUUAAAACAUUAUCUGAAUCAAACCGGACGACCUUCAAGUCGAAGGAGCUAUUUCAGGCCCAGGGAGAGUGGGACUUUAUCAGUAUAAAUAGCACUGAGACUACCAUUGAAGAAGAUGUUGGAGAUUCUGAAAUAAAUCAGCUGAUAUAUCAGAUCACCAUAAAAAGGAGACCUCUACUGUAUGUCAUAAACAUUAUGAUACCUGUGUUUUUCUUCCUUGUGCUGGAUGUGAUCUCCAACUUCAUUGACAUAAGUGGAGCAGACAAAGUGAGCUUUAAAUUGACUUUACUGCUGUCUAUUUCUGUGAUGCUGCUGAUCCUUUACAACACACUUCCCUCUACGGCUGAAAACAUCCCUCUGAUUGCGAGUUACUGCUGUGCGGUUUUCUGUCUAAUUGGCAUUGGCAUCCUGGAGACGUGUUUUGUGAAUUUUCUGAUGACUAGAGGAGAUGAGAAGAGAUCAGCGGAAACAACAUCUACUGUCAGUGGCCGAGAUGACGGUGAAAGAGACUUGAAUAGCCCUCCAGACUCAGUUAGAGAUCAGAAUGAAAAGUCUUCAACUGCAACUCGACCAAUCCAAUGGAAGAAGCUGUCCUGGACCAGAGUGGCAAGAAUCGUAGAUGUGACCUUCUUGGUUCUUUACAUAAUAACUAUUAUUGUGUUUCUGUCUGUGCUUUGUAACAUUUGGUUUCCAUUGUGACGUCUUAUAUAGCACACAAUAUUAACUUUUCUUCAUCAAAUCAUAGUAUAUAAUGGUGAAAAUGUGCCGUGAGUCCAAAGUGGGUUAUAGUAAUGAAUUACACUUUUACGCGCAUGUGAUUGACAGAUGAAAAAUGCACUCUUAUUCCAUUGUUUUAAUUCUUUAUUUCAGCGUAGUACGUUUAGUUUAACUGCGUUGUUAAAGAGGGCGAGCUUUACCAUUAAACUGAACUGUGUGCUUGGCAUUUUAAACAAUAACAUUAUUCUUGCUCCAUCCAUCCAACAACUGCGUCCUUGUAUGAGCCGAGUUUUCUAUUUACUUCCACUUCUCAGUCCUUUGGUAAUAUCAAGUAUGACCCAUUUCAUGACCCAUUUUGUGGUUGCCAAAUUUUAUUGAACACAAGUAUUUCACUUUCAUUGGAAGUAACAGAGUCAAGUUGGCUAAAAUUAUCAUGUUGGAAAUUGAGGCAGGACAAAAAUUAAACAUAGUUAACCAGACAAAACUUCAUCUAGUAGGAAUGACAACUUUUUAUUUAGUAGUUCUGACUAAAUUAACUUAAGUUCAUACAACAAGAUUACAACAUGAUUCGAUUUUGUUGGAAAAAUGUAAUUCAAUUUCGUGGUAAAAGUUUCCCUCAAUGUAAUUAAGUUUGUUUAUUUAAGUGUGCUCUCUACAGUAUAUCCCUGUUUGUUUAGUUUUUUGUCUGCCGUUGUGUCUAGCACACACUUAUUUGAUCUGUAUAUUUGAUCUGUUUUACCUCUUCCUGCCUGACUAAAGUUUACAGUAAUUUCAAAGGGCUGUCAGCUCCAUUAUUUCCUGGAAAAUAUUUAUUUAAUACUGUUUUUUUAUUAUUAUUAUUAUUCAACUGUUUAUUCAAUUUACAAUGUAAAAAGUGAACAUUUUCUGCCUGAUUCUACCUAUAAAUUAUAAUUUUGUCAUUGUAACGUAAUUUAAUCGGGUUUAUGUAACAUAAAACAAGGGGAUGAUGUUUUAACUUAACUGAGCUAUACAAUUUCCAAUAAAGCUCAGGAUGGACACAUUGGACACAUGCGCACAUGACUGCACCAGACCUAUAGAGGGCAGUAUAGUCAUGACAAAGAAGAAAAAAAGGUUUGUUAUUGGCUACUUCUUGCUGAUCGGCGAAUUUGAUUUGAUGAGAUUUGGGGGUUUUAAUCACAUUAUGUUGCAUUAAACUGAAUAUCACAAUUGACAUAAUAAAA